UCAAAUGUCCAUUAAAGACUCUGCACGUGUGCAAUGAAUGCAUCCCAAGCCCCUCAACUGCCAUCCAUCUUAAAGGCCUUUGACACCUCCUUUUCCCACUAUCUCUACUUGAAUAUUUCCUCUUGCUCUUGUCUGAUUCUCAGACCAAAUUUCAACAUGAAAUCUAUAAUCACCUUCCUUUUAGCUUUCUUGCUCAUCGCUGCUACUCUUUCCUUUGCAACCCAACCCGAACCCACUGGAACUGGAUCAUCCAAACCAAAAUUUAACAAUAACAAGAAAGGUAGUGGAAACGACGGUGGGGUGGGUGGAUUCUUUGGACCCGGAGGCGGGUUCAACAUUCCCGGGUUUGGAAGUGGGUGGGGAAAUGGAAUUGGUGGUGGGUAUGGAGCCGGAUAUGGGGGUCCGAAUGGUGGGUACUCUAAAGGUGGCAUCAUAAGGUCCUCUCUGGUGUGCAAAGAAAAGGGCCCAUGUUACAAGAAGAAACUGAUAUGUCCGGCUAAGUGUUUCAGUUCAUACCACAGAUCCGGCAAGGGAUACGGCGGUGGCGGCGGUGGCGGUGGGUGCACCAUUGAUUGUAAGAAAUGCACUGCUUAUUGUUGAAAUAAGCUACCCAUGCUGGUAAUAUAUAUAUAUAUAUAUAUAUUAUAAAUUUGUUGCUUGAUUAGCUAUAUGCAAACUUUAUUGAGCAGCAGCUAUAAUGUUGAGGGUAUUGGUACUAAUAUGGCAUCAUGUUUCUAUGUAACUUCUGAUGCUGUUACGCCUAUUUAUCAUUUUGCAUUAUGUCCCAGAACGGCAGUGAUUAAGAAUAUAUUAAGACAGAUAUUUAGAGCCGGUUUGAUUCUGAAAUUAAAACAUUACAUCUGAACAUAUUUAAAUAAUUUUUUGGAA